GAUAGUACCCACACGUGAUAAGCUCUAAUAAAAGCGUGUUAGAAAAAAUCCACACGUACCAGUUCCACAAUUAGUGCCAAUACAAGACGUUUCCAUAAUGGCUUGGUACUUACCUCUUUGCGUGUUUUUUCUCUGCAAUAUCGUUAUCUGCGUCCACGGAAGUUACGAAGACGACGCUCUCUACCUGAUAAGAAGUACCCCCUCGAAUCUCGUUCUGGAUGGAAGUAAUUCAAAAGUGAGCAUGCAACAUUUCGACGGAUAUAAACCCCAAUUGUGGAAUUUCAAGAAGGGUCUCAGACCAGGUUUAUUCGUGAUUGUCAACAACAGUACCGGGAACGUUCUUGAUGUAGCAAGUGACAACACGGUCGUACUUGGUAGGGAAAAAAACGGUACUUUGAACCAACAGUGGUUCCUGCAUUUCAAUGGUCGUCUGGUCAAUGCAGGUAUUGGAAAGUUAUUGGAUGUGAGAGGUGGGAAGUUCGUUGCUGGUAAUCCGUUGAUAGUUCAUCCCGAUAACGGGAGUGGUGCCCAGGAUUUUAUUGUAAAGGAAAAACAGACAUGUGGAAAUUGAUUUAUAUUUAAUUUGAAUAAAAUUGUAGCAGUAGCUUGUUUUUUUAAAUUUCCCUUGUUAUGUAACAGGAUACAAAUGUCACAGGAUGUGGUGAAAUUAUCUUCUCUGUUGGUGAUAUAAUGCAGAAGUGUUUGACUAAUUUAAUCAUGUCUUAAAUGAAUGAAAUUAAUAAAAAUGAUAAUAUAAGCACUUCCCUUGGUAACUCGUCUCCUGAUAACUUGUUUGAUCUACAGAUCAGAGCGUGCGCAGGCGAGUAUCGACUUUAAGCGUUCAGAAGCGAUUAUUGGUUGGUUUGGACGAGUAAGAGAACAUUUUUGAUUUUUAGUGACAAUCUUUGUGGAAAAUUUGAAAAAUCGGGAAAUCUAAACUCGAAAAAUUUUCAAAAUCGAUAAACCGAGAUGUCAAAAAUAAAAGUACCCCCAAUAAGGUGAUUCGGCGCAAGAUUUCGUUGUCAAAGAGAAACGUACUUGUAACUGAAAACGUUCCUCGUAUUUAUUUUCUUGUUGUUGUUGUUGUAUAUAAUACAAAUAAGUAGUACUUUUUAAACAUCUUGCCCCUCUCCUCGCCCACAACGCCACCUUAAACCAAAAACCUUAUAAGCACUCCCGAUUUAUUCAAACCAGUUAGUUACGAAAUCCUCCGAAAAUGGUACUUCCGGCCAAGUGGUUUCUGCUUAUCCUUGUUCCAUCGUUCUACGAUAGCAUCGUCUUCACGCUGAAUUAUUACUACUGUGAGGACGAUUCAUGGUACCUGAUAAGGAGUACCGCUUCCAACUUGGUUCUGGACGCUAGUAACUCUAGAGUGACCGUCCAACACUUCGAUGGGUAUACGCCGCAGCUGUGGAGGUUCAAGCGGGGAAGCAGGCCGGGGUUGUUUUUUAUUUUGAACAACAGUACCGAGACCGUUCUGGAUGUGGCCAAUGAUUAUACGGUGGUGCUUGCGAAACAAACUAAUGAGUCGUUGAGUCAACAAUGGUUUGUGAAUUCGAAUGGGCGGAUUGUGAAUGCUGGGUCUGGGAGGAAUUUGGAUAUAACUGGAGCUAGGUAUAUUCCGGGGAAUCCGCUGAUUGUGUAUCCGGAUAAUGGGAAUCCGGCGCAGGAUUUUAUAGUGAAGGAGAAACGAACGUGUGGUGAUCAAAAAUUUAACACUAUUCCUUGAGUUUCAAUUUUGUUUUAUUUAGUAUAUGAUUAGGAGAUUUUAGGUAAUGUGUUUAUGUUUGAAAACGAA